AACGACGGGCACCGUCUCGCCGCGCCCGCGUCCACGUCCACAGCUACCGCAGCGCUAGGGCUGCGGGGCCCCUUUAAGCGCAGGCCCCGCCCCGCCGCCCCGCCGCCAUCAUGAUCUGCCUGGUGCUGACCGUCCUGGCCAACCUCUUCCCCGCGGCCUGCGCCGGCGAGCACGAGCGCACCUUCCUGGCUGUGAAGCCCGACGGGGUGCAGCGGCGGCUCGUGGGCGAGAUCGUGCGGCGCUUCGAGAGGAAGGGCUUCAAGCUGGUGGCGCUGAAGCUGGUGCAGGUGAGGCGGGGCGGCGCGGGCGCGGGCACGGGGGGGGAGGCGCGCGGGACCCCGGCGCUCGCGGCCCUUCCCCACCCCCAGGCCUCCGAGGAGCUGCUGCGCGAGCACUACGCCGAGCUGCGGGAGCGCCCCUUCUACAGCCGCCUGGUCAAGUACAUGGGCUCGGGCCCGGUGGUGGCCAUGGUGUGGCAGGGCCUGGACGUCGUGCGUGCCUCGCGGGCGCUCAUCGGGGCCACGGACCCGGCCGACGCCCGGCCCGGCACCAUCCGCGGGGACUUCUGCGUCGAGGUCGGCAAGAACGUGAUUCACGGCAGCGACUCGGCGGAGAGCGCCCGCCGCGAGAUCGCGCUCUGGUUCCGCAGCGACGAGCUCCUGUGCUGGGAGGACAGCACCGGGCACUGGCUGUACGAGUAGGUCCCACCUCGGGCCCUCGGAAGGCCCUUCCCGCGGGGACCAGGACACCCCUUCAGGGCUUCCAAGAGCGCAGGCAGUGUCCGCCUGGCAGGCCCCGCCCCGAUAAGCACUUAGCUGCCUACCCUGGCACAACUUGGUCUGGCAUUACUUUUCACAAUAAACUGGAAAAAAAACCCAAA